CUCCACCAUUUUCCCAUGCAUGUCACCGAUUAUAAACCACUCACAUUUUCCAAAUCUUCAAAAUCUUUCACAUGCCUUUAAGGUUCAUGUCUUUUGGCCGGAAAGGAUAUUUUUUGUAAUGUCAUGUGUUCAUGUAACUGGAAGACAAGGAUAUGGCUUGGUACAUUUGAAACAGCUGAGGAUGCUGCUAGAGCCUAUGAUGAAGCAGCUAGGUUAAUGUGUGGUGCGAGGGCAAGGACAAACUUCCCUUUCAACCCCAAUGUGUCUCACACAUCAUCUUCUAGUUCAAAGCUUCUCUCAGCAACUUUGACUGCAAAACUUCACAGGUGCUACAUGGCUUCUCUGCAAAUGACAAGACAGGCUUUGGCAUCUUCUGAGUCUCAGAGAACAGCUUCAGUGCCAAAUGCCACUUCCACAUCCCAACCAAAGAGUCUCAGUGUGAAGAGUGACCAAACUCAUCAAGUGUUGCCACACAAGAGAGCAGAGGAGGAUCAAGAAUCAGAGGCAAUGGCCAGAACUGUUGAAAGUGUUCCUCUGCAGUUCAAGCCUCUUGAGGAAGAUCACAUAGAGCAAAUGAUUGAGGAGCUUCUUGAUUAUGGCUCUGUUGAGCUCUCCUCUGUCUUUUCACCCUAAUGGAAUGUGCAUGAUUUUGAAUUGAAGCUAGAGUCACAAUUGUAGUUGCCUUGUCAUUAACAACAUUCUGGGUAUGUGUGACUCAAAUUGCAGCUGUAGUAGUUGUGAUGAACUCAAAGAGUGUCCACAAUUGCAAUUUUAAAUCAAGCGCAAUUCGGAUGAAAUUCUUUAAGUGUUGUUCUUUGAUCAAAACUAGAGUUUUACCUCGUUAAACCUAUCUGAUUAAAGUUUAUAUUAUCGAGGUAAAACUUUGAUUAUGAUUAGAUAACGAUAUCAAAACAUUGUAUAAAAUUGUAUCCUAAGUUCUCAUCGAAGAACAUGCCAAUGUCACAACCAAGAUGUUUUGGUUAACAUUAUUCUUAGUUGUUCUAAUUUAACCCUUUUAGGUAGUGCUUUAUGUAGAGCCAAUCACGUUGUGAUCUUUGGAAAAUUUGUUUCUUAUGUGAGCUUGUUGUAUUAGGGACAUGGCCUCUUCAGUGGCAUUUGCAGCUGCAGAAUGAGUCAUUUUCUGAAGGGCAAGUGAAGGUUUGUCAAAUGGCACACCUUUUAAGAAAACCAGCCAGAACCCUCUAUUUCAAAGAUUGUAGAAUUUUAUGCACUGACAUAAAAAAAAAGCUUUGUAAUUGGUAAGUAUAAUUCAAAUAGCAGAUACCCCUUGGAGCGUGAUUGAUUCUGAAUAAUGACUUGAACCAAUUCAGAUACACACUUCAGAACUUUAGCAAUAAAUGUGAAGUUUU